GAAGAAAAUUAUUAGUUAAAAAAAGCAAAAGAAAAUUAAAAUCUAAACACCUGGGAAAAAAAAAUGAAAUAUCUAUCAGUGUUUCUAUUUUUUUAUGGCCUAUGCAUGAUUGGUAAUGUAUAUGGUGGACGAGCAAACAAGCUCCAUAUCUGGAACGAGCUUGAUCCCAAUCAAAAGCACUCACACCUCUUUGUGCAGUGUAAAUCUGGAAAGGUCGACAUGGGAAAACAUUAUGUCCCGUAUGGUAAAAUAUAUCAGUUUGAUAUUAGGGAUAAUUUUUGGAAGACGACACUUUUUUGGUGUACCUUUAGACAUGGGCCUGGUUACAGGAUUGGCCAACAAUUUGAUGUGUAUGAAUAUAAACCGGGUGUAGCUCAAGGAGGCACAUAUGAAUGGACAGCCAGAGAAGAUGGAAUAUAUUUUAGGUUAAAUCAAGGUACGAUCCAUAAAGUGCACAACUGGAAGCCAAUGCCACCGUAAGAAUUGUUAUAAUCUUGGUAUUGAUCUUGACGAAUAUAUAUUCUAUGCCGUCAAAACUUGAUUAUGAAAUAAAUUCCGUGAAGUCCAAGAUGUGAAUGGAAAUAUAUUCUUUAGAUCUCUGAUAUUAUUGUUGUUUAAGUAUAUUUCAUUUUCUUUUCAUUUCUUUACUUCUUGUAUAUAUUUAUUCACUGCAAAAGAUAUAAUGCAUCGUGAAUUUAUAAUAAGUUAAUAACUAUGUAACAUUUCUAUUAUUAUAUUUAAGAAAAUAAAUUGAUAUUUAAAUAAA